AUGACGAACCAGAAACCGACUGCCACUUGCCGGCUGAAACAGGACUAUAUGCGUUUGAAAAGAGAUCCAGUACCGUACAUAACAGCCGAACCAUUACCGUCGAACAUCCUCGAAUGGCACUAUGUGAUCAAGGGACCGGAAGAUUCGUUGUAUUACGGUGGUUACUACCACGGGACGCUGCUUUUCACCAAGGAGUUCCCAUUCAAACCACCGUCCAUCUACAUGACCACCCCGAAUGGACGGUUCAAAACGAAUAAACGACUUUGUCUGAGCAUAUCGGACUUUCAUCCCGACACCUGGAACCCUGCCUGGUCCGUGGCUACCAUCUUGACCGGUUUGCUGAGCUUUAUGCUCGAGACGACGCCCACGAUGGGCUCUUGCGAGACGACGCCGUACGAAAAACGACGCUACGCACAGCAGUCGCUGGAGUUUAACAUGAAAAACGAGGUGUUUCAGGAACUGUUCCCCGAGAUCUGUGAGGAGAUCAACGAGAGGUUGCAGAAGAUCGAAGAGCAACGGAAACAGGCGGCUGCAUCCGCCGAAGACGGUAGCAACGGCACGGAAUCCACCUCUGGUGAAACGGAAACGACAGACGGUAGCGUAUUUGUGGCAGGCCGUUCCGGUGCGGAUGAUAGUAACAUUUGGCAUUCUUUGUACACCAAUCUGAUAGUGCUCGUGGGCUUCGUCGUGUUUGCACUAAUAGUGCAUUACGUGAUUAAAAGUAUGAACAUUUAA